AUGGGGGAAUUGGCGAUGAUUCAGAGCUCCGGCGACAACUUCCCGACCCGAGGUCUUUCCCCCGCCCCGGAAACAAAGGGGACGAAACGAGUGGCGAUCCUGAGGCACUACGCUGUCAAUGGAUUCCUGACGCACUGCGGCUGGAACUUGAUCCUCAAGGCGAUCGGAGUGGGAAUGCUUGGACCGGCCAGACCUGAUCGAAGCUCCAGCCAUGUCCGUCCACAUCCUCAUGUACCCUUACCCCACCGCCGGUCACAUCAUCCCCUCCUCGACCUCGCCCACAAGCUCCUCCACCUCCCCCGCCCCGGCGCCGCCGUCACCGUCACCGUCGUCGUCACCCCCGAGAACCUCCACCUGCUCGACCCCUUCCUCGCCUCCUCCUCCUCGCUCCAGCCUCUCGUCUUGCCUUCCCCGGAGCCCCCCGCGGCUGGGGCGCCCCGCGCCCUCCGCGCCCUCCGCGAGCUCCACCUCCCCCUCCUCUCCCAGUGGUUCGAGUCCCACCCCUCCCCGCCCUGCGCCGUCGUCUCCGACUUCUUCCUCGGGUGGACCCACCGCUUCGCCCGCGACCGCGGCGUGCCGCGCGUCGUCUUCUCGCCGACCGGCGCGUUCGGGCUCUCCGUCAUCUUCGCCCUGUGGCGGGACCUCCUCCGACCCGACGAGGAGUCGACGGUCUUGUUAGCAAAGCUGCCGGACCGCCCCCGCUUCCCCUGGUCGCACCUGCCCCCGGUAUACAGGAUCUACGAGGCUGGAGAUCCGGAGAUGGAGCGCUACCGGGAGGACGCGAUCGGCAACCUCGAGAGCUGGGGAAUCGUGGUCAAUUCGUUCGACGGGUUGGAGCGUGCGUACCUGGAUCACCUCAGGAAAGAGCUCGGCCACGACCGGGUUUGGGCAGUGGGCCCGAUCCUCCCGGCCGAGGGCGACGGCUCGGCCGGGCCAGUCAACAGGGGCGGGCCCAGCUCGGUGUCGGCCAGCGAGGUGCUGACGUGGCUGGACGCCUGCCCGGGCGGGUCCGUCGUCUACGUGUGCUUCGGGAGCCGCGCCGUGCUGAAUCAACGGCAAAUGGAUGAGCUUGCAGCCGGGCUGGAGCGGAGCGGGGUCAGAUUCAUCCUGUGCGCGAGGCAGUCGAGCAGGGGAGGGCACGUGGCGGCAGGCGAUAUCGGGGCGGUCCCGGAGGACUUCGAAGCACGGGUGGCCGGGAGGGGCCUCGUGAUUAGGGGCUGGGCCCCGCAGGUGACGAUACUGAGGCACCGGGCCGUGGGUGCAUUCUUGACUCACUGCGGGUGGAACUCGACUCUGGAGGGGCUCAGCGCCGGGGCGGUGAUGCUUACGUGGCCGAUGGGCGCAGAGCAAUUCGUGAAUGCCAAGCUGCUGGUGGACAAGCUGGGCGUGGGGAUUCGUGUCGGCGAGGGGUCGGAGAAAAUACCAGAGGCGGAGGAGUUGGCCCGGGUUUUGGCCGAGUCACUGAGGGGCGAUCUGCCCCAAAGGGUCCGAGCCAAGGAGAUAAGUGGCGCCGCUCAGGAUGCAAUCAAUGGAGGGAGCUCAGAUAAAGAUUUGUGCGACUUCAUGACGUGCAUGGAUGAGCAAAGGAGGAGCAAAAUCCAAACUUUUUAGCAGGUCACCGCAAAUGGUGUUGAAAGAACGAAACAGUAACUGUAUUAUGCAUGAAUUCUUAGGACCCGCAAGUGACUCGGGCGUCCGUGAAAUAUGAUGUUUGGUACAAAUUAUUCAAGA